AUGGAGAACUACCAGAAGAUCGAGAAAAUCGGAGAGGGAACCUACGGUGUUGUUUACAAGGCCCGUGAGCUCACACAUCCUAAUCGCAUUGUCGCCUUGAAAAAGAUUCGGUUAGAGGCAGAAGAUGAAGGCGUUCCAAGCACAGCCAUCCGUGAGAUCUCCUUGCUGAAGGAAAUGAGCGACCCCAACAUUGUACGACUCCUCAAUAUUGUCCAUGCGGAUGGCCACAAGUUAUAUCUCGUUUUUGAAUUCCUGGACCUGGACCUCAAGAAAUACAUGGAGGCCCUACCUGUAAGCGAAGGCGGGCGUGGCAAAGCACUCCCGGAUGGCUCUGCACUAAGCAAGAGUAUGGGACUGGGAGAUGCCAUGGUCAAGAAGUUCAUGGCUCAGUUGAUUGAGGGAAUUCGCUAUUGCCACAGCCACCGUAUCUUGCAUCGGGAUCUCAAGCCUCAGAACCUCUUGAUCGACCGUGAUGGCAACUUGAAAUUGGCAGAUUUUGGACUGGCAAGAGCAUUCGGUGUUCCUUUGAGAACAUACACCCACGAGGUUGUCACACUGUGGUAUCGCUCCCCCGAAAUCCUCCUGGGUGGACGCCAGUACUCCACUGGUGUUGACAUGUGGUCUUGUGGAGCUAUCUUUGCAGAGAUGUGCACUCGAAAGCCUCUUUUCCCUGGAGACUCCGAAAUCGAUGAAAUCUUCAAGAUUUUCCGACUCCUUGGUACACCGGACGAGAUUGCCUGGCCUGGCGUCACCUCUUUCCCCGACUAUAAGCCCACCUUCCCCAAGUGGAAGCGUGAAGAAACCCGCGCACUGGUUCCUGGCUUAGAAGAAGACGGCCUUGAUCUCCUGGACGCCCUCCUCGAGUACGAUCCAGCACGGCGUAUCUCUGCCAAGCAGGCUUGCAUGCAUCCAUACUUCCAGCACGGUAGCUCUUACUAUUCCGGUCGCACCCGCAGACACUAA